AUGUCAGACCAAGCAAGUGAUCAGAGUGAAGAAGAAAGGAAAAUAUUGGUAAGAUACAAGUUAGCUUGGCAAAGAAAAAUAUGUUUCAGUGUCUAAAUUUAAAGGAAAGAAGCUGAUAGACAUCAGAGAGUAUUAUUACAAAGACGGAGAUCUAAAGCCCGGGAGAAAAGGAAUUGCUUUAACAGUAGAACAAUGGAGAGAAUUAAAGAACCAUAUAAGCGAUAUUGACAAUCUUAUAGCCUUAGACGAUUAG